AACCUAACUUAUGUAAAAUCUAUUAAGCUGCUUGUUUAAGGAAGAAAGUUUUACAGAAUUUCGAACAAGACUAUUUUAUUGUAUUUAAAUGUGAAGAAACGAGUAAAUGUUAUUUUUUAUCACAAUUUUAAGCUGAUCUCGAACAUGCCAGAAUUCACAACUUCAGCGAACUGGACACCUGAUUCAGAACAAUCAAAGUCGAGAGAUGUAGGCUUAAAAAACUCUACGUACACUGAUCCCGUUGAACAAUGGAGGGAGCUCUUAACUCCGGAAUUUUUUGAGCUUGUCCCAGACUUCUGGCUUCACUUUCCACCACCUUCAGAAGAAGCUCAUCAAACAUUAGGGGUUCUCUACACCUUGAUAAUGGUGCCUGGGAUUCUGGGAAAUGCCUUGAUAAUCUGGCUCGUUUGUUCAACCAAAACUAUAAGGACACCAUCGAAUUUCCUCGUUGUUAAUCUCGCUAUUAGUGAUUUCUGCAUGCUAGCAAAAAUGCCAAUAUUUAUCUACAACAGCUUUUGCCAAAAGCCAGCACUUGGAGUUUGGGCCUGCCAGUUGUACGGCUUUCUGGGUGGUAUAACUGGAACUUCAGCUAUCAUGACCAUUGCUGCAAUGGCUUUUGAACGAUAUUAUUCCAUUUCACGUCCUCUAGACCUCAGUGGGAGGAUGACUCGAGCACGAGCAUCAACAAUUGUGAUAUGUGUGUGGAUAUAUGCAUUCAUUUUCAGUGUCUUACCUUUAUUUCACGUGAACAGAUAUGUUCCCGAGGGCUAUCUAAGUAGUUGUAGUUUUGAUUAUUUAGCAAGAGAUCUAACGAGUCGACUCUUUGUUCUAGUAUUUUUUAUCGCGGCAUGGUGUGUCCCCCUAGUGAUUAUUUGUGUGAGUUAUUGUGGAAUAAUCCUCACUGUAAGAAGAAAUCAACAGCUUUUUCGUAAUACCGUAUCUCAAAUAAACUCCAAACGCUCGUACAUUCAGAAGCAUCGAAACACGGAAAUCAAAUUAGCGAAAAUAUCUGUCUCUUUAAUUUCUUUGUGGAUGAUAUCAUGGACACCUUACGCCGUGGUUGCAUUGUUCGGCAUCUCCUUCAACUACCAAUUACUUACACCCACCACCUCAAUGGUACCAGCCUUAUUCUGUAAAACAGCUUCUGUUGUAGACCCAUUUCUUUACGGCUUAAGCCACCCACGCUUCAAAUCCGAAUUAAAGAAAAAAAUUAUUUGUCUGUAUGUUUUAAAUAAAUUCGCCAAGCAAAAAGAAUCAUUCAAUAUUCCCAUUCCGUCACACGUAUCUGAUGAAAGUAGCUUUUCCCUCCAGUAUCCUUCGUUGAAGCAAAAAUUGGAAGAACCACUUGGCCACCAAGUAUCAACAAUAAGCAGAUGUCAUCAAGACAUAUUUUUAACUGAUUCUCAAAGUUUACCACCGAAUAUACUUUACACAGGGAUAGAACACCAGAAACACAAACGGUUUCACUCAGUCUCAUGUUAUCUCAACGAAUCUUGCGAAAAGCCACUCGAAAUGGGUGUGUUUUCGUAAACUCUUUACACUGGUACCUACCUAAAUAAUUUUGAAUCUUGCUUAAUGGCACAAUGAUAACGAUUCCACAAGAAAUGUUAAAGCGCUUGUGAAAAUAACUAUUUCUUUGAAUAAGUAUGUUAUGCGAUUACGUGUAACAGAUGAACAUUAAGUUUCUUCCAUUAUCACGCCAAGAAACAACGUUCAAAAUCAGAACAAAAUGUACUUCCAAAUA